AUGGCCACACCCGUCAUCCUUGGAGUUAGCGCCAUUGCAGCUGCAGUGCUAGGGCGUUCUAUUGUCAAGAAAGGACUAUUUGUGGGGAAAGGAGCUGCUGAACAAUGGGUAAAAGGUGGCUUCAGAGCAAAAAUGGACCGUAAAGAAGCUAUUGCAAUCUUGGGUUUGAAGGAUGGCCCCAAAUUACGCUCCCAACUGAAAGAUGCGCACCGCCAUAUCAUGCUUGCAAACCAUCCCGAUCGUGGAGGUUCACCGUACCUCGCCAGUAAAAUCAACGAGGCAAAAGAUUUGCUAGAUAAAACGGACGGAAGGGGUCGGUAA